AUGUGUGGCGUGUUGAAAGGCUUUGGAGCUCUUCUGGGGCUGGUUUUUCUCGAUCUUCAUGCGGUAGACACAGACGAGCUCCGAAGCCACUCCACUGCGCUGUUUUUGGCCAUGGCUAUACUGAGCCUUUCAGCAGCUGCCUCGGCAAGUGGAGUUGGCGCAGAGAGGGCGCUGGCAGUGCACGAAAUCAGGUCUGGCCAUUACCGCACGAUCAACUACGUCCUGGUGCAUUCCGUGCUGAGCUUCCUCAUCUUGCGUUUCAUUCCUGUCUGCAUCUUCUCGGGCGUGUUUCUGUCCAUGGCGGAGCUGGACACCUGGUCCGAAUUCUCAUGGGCUACCGCCAUGCGCAUAACGCUCAUCGUGGGUGGCCUGACCACCUUUUGGGGCACCAUGUCGGGCAUGGUGAACAUGGCGCUGAGCUGCACAGCAAAGCGUGGCGUGAAGAUCCUCAUGGUGGUCGGUAUCGUCUUGUACGGCCCGCUGGUUAGUGGUUUCCUCAUCCACAAGGACAACAUCCCCUGGUUGCUGUCCUGCAUCCAUUACGCGUCGCCCUUCAGCGUCACCUUCGAGGCCCUCAUGAUCAGCGAAUUCAGCAGCGUGUACGUGGACACCAGCAGACAGGUGACCAUCGAAACUCCCGAGGGGCCGGUGUCGACGCUGGAGGAAGACUCCUUUCGAGCCAUGGGGCUGGACGAAGACAACCUGGAGGUGGACUCGGCGCUGGCCGUACUCUUCUACGCCCUCGUCGUGAUAUUGGCCGUCGUCGGGAUGUGGGCGAAGUCCAAGAGGCCGCACACUCUGACAACCAGAAGAAACUGCUGCGGUUGA